AUGACCCGGACUGCAGAUGACCCACAAUGUCAAAAAACUACAAGCGAUAAAACCGAAUCAGUCAAUCUAAAAAUCGAAUUCGAGAAAAUCACCGAUAAACUUGAUAUGAUCGAUAAUCGAGCAGAAGAACUAAAUGAUAACCUUGUCCACACAUCCGAAAUUCUGGAGUCGUCACGCAACCACACGGAGCAUGUGGUUAAGUUAGUCGAGGCUCUCUCCGGAAGCACAAUUUGGAUCCCACACAUUCUUCGAGAGGUAAAGACAACGGCGAAAUCUCUCAAUGAAAGUAUCAACGCGACAUACCUUGUUUACAAACAGAUGAUGGGUCUUCGCUCGGAUACACCACCCAGUGAUGAAAUUCCAGGAAUAUUCGAGAGAAAAUUAGAAAAAUCAGAACAUUACCAAAAUAGUGCAGCGAAUUUCCAUUGUAAAAUAGACGAAGAUGACAGCAAACUGAUGCAGCGCCAAAUUUCCAAGGUGGAAGAAAUUCUGAAAAAACUUGAUAAUUCUACGGCUCCACAACCAGAACCAACACAGAAACCAACAGAAUCUACAUAUCAAGUCUUGCUGGACAAGAAAGAAGUCCGUGGCAAUUCCACUUCAGGAGUCCUGCUCAUCACUUCACUGCGUGGAUUGGUUCAUGUCUGUUAUGACGAAAUCCAUAGUCCCUUGGUAGCGAGCAUAGCCUGUAAUCAAUUAGAAUUUUCGCUUGGCUCCCCUCUCAUGGUACCCAAUGUUCUCAUGCCGACAGAGAAAGUCUUCUUGAUCAACUGUCUUCGGAGGGAAACUACCCUGGACGUCUGCAGCUUUGAAAUGGUAUCCUCUGAUUAUUGUAAAGAGAGUGGUCUCCUGGGAGUUUUUUGUAUUGAGUAG